AUGCCCGGGACACUUUUGGACGGAGGUCCCCAGGAAGGGCGCCAGGCAAAGAUGGACAAGAACACGCCAGCCCAGCCCGAUCUCUACUUGAUUGGGAAUGAUGAUACUGUCUAUGAACAAGACAUUCUGCGCGACCCGCACAGCAUUACGCCCUGGCUGUCUUACAUUGAAUUCAAGCACCAGCAAGGCAAUUCCUAUGAACAAGCCUUUGUCAUGGAACGGGCUUGCAGGCAACUGCCCAGGUCAUAUAAAUUGUGGAAAAUGUAUCUUGAAUUCCGUAUGAAGCACCUCAGAGGGCGGAAUCCGGCGGUUCAUCGUGCGGAAUAUCUCAAAGUCAAUGGCCUAUUUGAACGCGCUGUCAUCCUGCUCAACAAGAUGCCGCGAAUAUGGGAGAUGUUUCUCACAUUUCUACUUCAGCAGCCAAUGAUCACACACACCCGCCGGACUUUCGAUAGGGCACUACGCGCGCUACCAGUUACUCAGCAUAAUCGGAUUUGGAAGCUUUACAAGGCCUUCGCUUACUCAGCGUCUGGAGACACUGCGAUAAAAAUAUGGCGUAGGUACAUGCAAGUCCAUCCCGAGAACGCCGAAGAAUAUAUCGAUAUCUUGGUUGAGAUGGGUAAAUACACUGAAGCCGUGAAGAAGUACAUGGAAAUUCUAGAUAAUCCUAGAUUUCAGUCGAAGAACGGGAAAAGCCAAUUUCAAUUGUGGACUGAUAUGGUUGAGCUACUUGUCAACAAAGCAAAGGAUAUCGAAGUCGGCCCUGAGAUUGGUAUUGAUGUCGAUUUGAUCAUUCGCAGUGGAAUCGAUAGAUUCGCUGACCAGAGGGGAAAGCUAUGGGCUGGCUUGGCUACCUAUUGGAUUACCCGCGGAAAUUUCGAAAAGGCGAGAGAUAUUUUUGAGGAAGGCAUCACAACCGUCAUGACUGUUCGGGAUUUUACUAUGGUAUUCGAUGCCUAUGUGGAAUUUGAAGAAUCUAUCAUAGGACACCUGAUGGAGGAGGCAGCUUUACGAUCUGACCAGGGAAAAGUUGAUGAGGCCGCCGAUUUCGAUCUAGACCUUCGAAUGCUGAGAUUUGAACAACUCAUGGAUCGCCGACCUUUCCUCGUCAACGAUGUGCUUCUCAGACAGAACCCCAACAAUGUGAUCGAAUGGAGUAAACGUGUAGCGCUGUGGGGUGAUAAUAAAGCCGAAAUUGUUCAAACAUACACGAAGGCCAUUGCAACUAUCCAUCCUAAGAAAGCCCAUGGCAAGUUCCACGAGCUUUGGGUUAACUAUGCGAAAUUUUAUGAACAGGGUGGAGAUCUUGAUACAGCUAGGGUAAUUAUGGACAAGGCCGUCAAGGUGCCUUUCAAGACGGUGGCCGAACUGGCUGAGACAUGGUGCGAGUGGGCUGAGAUGGAAUUGCGCAGCGAAAACUUUGACAGAGCCGUGGACAUCAUGGCAAAAGCGACACAGGCUCCAAAGCGAUCUACGGUAGACUACUUUGAUGAAACUCUCUCACCCCAACAACGGAUCCACAAGAGCUGGAAGCUGUGGAGUUUUUAUGUUGACCUCGUCGAAAGCGUUGGGACUCUCGAAGAAACGAAGAAAGUGUAUGAACGCAUUUUCGAACUGCGAAUUGCAACACCACAAACGGUCGUUAAUUAUGCGAACCUCUUGGAAGAAAAUAAUUACUUCGAGGAGUCUUUUAAAAUUUACGAGCGGGGCCUUGACCUCUUCAGCUACCCCGUUGCCUUCGAAUUGUGGAAUCUAUAUUUAACCAAGGCUGUGGAUCGCAAAACCUCAAUCGAACGAUUACGAGACUUGUUCGAACAAGCCGUUGACGGAUGCCCACCCCAGUUUGCGAAGCCUCUCUACUUGAUGUAUGGCAAUCUAGAAGAAGAAAGAGGGCUUGCUCGACACGCCAUGAGAAUAUACGAACGCGCAACUCGUGCGGUCGCUGACUCCGACAGAUUUGAAAUGUUCAACUUCUACAUCACGAAAUCGGCCUCCAACUUCGGGUUGACAUCAACGCGCCCUAUCUACGAGCGCGCCAUCACAGCGUUGCCGGACAACGAGGCAAAGGAAAUGUGCCUCAAAUUUGCUGAGAUGGAGCGUCGUCUGGGUGAGAUUGAUAGAGCUCGUGCUAUUUACGGCCAUGCAUCUCAGUUCUGUGAUCCGCGUACCAAUGCCGGGUUCUGGCAAAAAUGGGAGGCGUUCGAAGUUCAGCAUGGCAACGAAGAUACAUUUAAGGAAAUGCUGCGCAUCAAACGAAGUGUCCAGGCCCAGUACAAUACCGACGUCAACUUCAUUGCUUCACAAGCCAUUGCUCGUAGCAAGCAACUUGUCAAAGACGCUGCGGGGGCUGAAGAGGAGGGGCAAGACCGUGCUGAUGCGAUGGCAGCGUUGGAAAGACAAGCUCGAGCACCCAUGGGUUUUGUUCCCGCAAGCACCGGACCGGAAGGUGGAAACAGGCCAUUGCCUACUAAUGGUAACAAACAACAAGAACAGCAGCUGCAAGUUCCUGCAAACCCUGAUGCAAUUGAUCUCGAUGAAGACAUGAAUGGAGAAGGUUAAGAAAGUGCCAUAAGAAACCUAACACAGAGAUACCCCUUUAUUGUCUCAUUUACCCACCACAUUUCAGCUUUACCUGUUAUCUCUUUGCGCGGACUCAGCUCUGCAUUCGCGCAAUAAAUACACUAUAUGUUAGCCACUUCCCUCUUUCAUGCUGAUUUUCCUUUGUGUCACUAUGUGCAUCCGGGAACGGCUUUGUAAGUUGCAACUCCGACCAUUAUCUCGAUCUGUUUUCUUUUUAAAAUGUUCUCUUUCCAUCCCCACGGUCCUUGACAGAUUUGCUUUCCCUUUGUAUUAUUUCUUACUUCAUUGCUCACUUCCGCAUUCCGACCCAGCCACAUUGUCUACAAUUUAGCCUAGGUCAAUGCCUUGGCGUUCCCCCUUUUCAAUUUGGGAUCAGCCAGCUGCAAAAUGACAUUGGCAGGGAAAUAGAGAGACGGGGAAAAAGUUUUUAUUUCUUCCCACUGGAGUUUGUCGGUGUUCGUGGGGUGAAUAGACUUAGGGUGAGCGACUUGCCAUUUCUUCUUGAUUGAACAUAUUUUUGAAUCUUCUCUUCCAUCCUUGCCUCUCCCCUUCCUUUAUGUAAAAUCAAUUUGCAUGAUCAUAUUUCAGAAAGCAAAUAUGUAUUAGAGCAAUAUGAGCAGUUGAAUUUUCCAUCUCUGUGCGUUUUUAUCAAUUCCUACAUCGUAUCUGCUAUCUG